UAGAGAGAGAGAGCAGAGAAGAGAAGACAGCAGCACGAAACGGGACAGUGUACUCUUGCUUUGCGCUAAGUAAAUUAAAUAAUAGAUUUUUUUAUUCUCAGGUGGUGAUCAUGUUAUUCAAAGCUUUUUGUUUUUUUAUAAGUGAUAUACGCUAUAAAGUGUGCUCUCUUCCAGCUUUGGACUCAAAUGUAACUAGCCGUGCAUGAUCCUUAACCAUAAGCUUAGCUGGAAAAGGCGCAACGAAAAUUAUACAAAGCGUAAGUGACCGACUUAAAAGUAAAAGUUAUUUUGGAUACUCGACUUGAAACGGACUGGUGACUUUGAUUAGAAGUCUCCCGCGUGAUGAAAUGAUGAAAACCUGCAACUUCAGCUUGAUCUUCAUUUGGAUUGAAUCCUUUCAUCUGGACUAACGCCUUCACGAGGACAAUACUCAAAACAAGAACUUGUACAGCUUGUGGUGUUGUGGGAAACUGCAAAAUCACCUUUCUAUAAACCAUCUGCAGCCGUCAGUGGAUCUACAGGAAUAAAGGAAUAUUCUGUCCCAUCAGCCUUUAACAGCAAAGCCUUUGCAGACCGACAGGAGAAUAAAUUAAAAAAGUCUUCCAGCAGUUCAUAAGAGCCGAAAUAGAAGGAUCUUCAGUUCUCAUGGUAGAAUAAGAGACUAUAAAGAAAAUAAUGAGCAGUAAUUUAAGGGCUAAAGGAAUAUUUUUAUAACUCAAAUUCAAACGCAAAGGUUAAAACUGCUUCCUUGUUUGUUCUGUGGCAUUUAACUUUCUGUGCACAUCAACAUACUGCUAAAAAAAAAACAUUAUAAACAGUCACAGUAUAUUUAGUCAUGAAUUACUGCUCACAUUUAUCAGCCAUGACCUUCACAAAGGCAGAGCAUCACCAAUAUCUGCAACUAACAAACUAAAUUACUUUUUUACCCAAGAUGUUUUCAUGGAUUAAUUGAUCCUUUAUGCUAAGAAUCAUGCAUAGAUGAUAUGAAGUGCUGGUGAACCAUGCAACAUGGAUCUGGUGAACAGCUCAGAUGAGUUCUUCCUCAUCAAUGCCUCAGUCAGUCCCACAACCCCGGAGUCCUGGGAUGACGCUACACUCCUCAGCCUUCAGAUCUCCAUCUCUGCCAUGCUAGCCAUCGUCACUUUGGCCACCGCUCUGUCCAACGCUUUCGUGAUCGCCACCAUUUUCCUCACACGCAAACUUCACACCCCCGCCAACUUCUUGAUUGGCUCUCUUGCAGUGACAGACCUCCUGGUGUCCAUUUUAGUCAUGCCAAUCAGCAUUGUUUACACGGUCAGUAAGACUUGGAGCUUGGGUCAGAUUGUGUGUGACAUCUGGCUAUCAUCUGACAUAACGUUCUGCACGGCUUCCAUUCUGCACCUGUGCGUGAUCGCGCUUGACCGAUACUGGGCCAUUACCGAUGCUCUGGAAUACUCGAAGCGUCGCACCAUGCGGCGAGCAGCACUGAUGAUCGGUGUAGUGUGGGUAAUCUCGGUCUCCAUCUCCUUGCCUCCUCUCUUCUGGCGGCAGGCGAAGGCCCACGAGGAGCUCACGGAGUGCAUGGUCAACACUGACCAGAUCUCCUACACACUCUAUUCCACAUUCGGUGCGUUUUAUGUUCCCACAGUACUCUUGAUGAUUCUCUACGGGCGAAUCUAUGUGGCAGCUCGCUCCAGGAUCUUCAAAACGCCGGCAACCAGUGGAAAACGGUUCACCGCUGCUCAGCUCAUCCAGAACUCGGCAGGUUCUUCGCUCUGCUCGCUGAACUCUACUUCUAAUCAAGAGGGACAGCUUCAUCCUGGAGGAGGAGGUGGGGGAGGUGGAGGAGGGUCUCCUCUUUUCACGAACAGUGUGAAAGUGAAGCUGGCUGAUAGCGUGCUGGAAAGAAAACGUCUUUGUGCCGCUCGGGAGAAGAAGGCCACCAAAACUCUUGGGAUUAUCCUGGGUGCGUUUAUAGUGUGCUGGCUUCCGUUCUUCGUGUUCACGCUGGUGAUGGGGGUCUGUAAAGACUGCUGGUUUCAUCCUGUGCUCUUUGAUGUGUUCACCUGGCUGGGGUACCUCAACUCGCUCAUCAAUCCAGUCAUCUAUACUGCCUUCAAUGAUGACUUCAAACAAGCCUUCCACAAACUCACCAAGUUUAAAAGAUGCUACUGAUGUUACAUGCCUCUCAUGUGUUUUGACACGUUCAUGACUUAAUAAGAGAAUUUCUGCGGAAAAUAUCUGAAUCUUGUGAACAUUCAUCAUUCAUCUGCUGUUGAGGACCCAACAUACCUUGCCGUUCGUUUUUCAGUGAGCUCCUAAAUGCACACAUAGUGUCUGGUCGAUGUAUAUUACUGUUCUCAUGAGACCGUUUGUAAAAUAUUGUGCCAUAUUGUUGAUGCUUCCUCAUAAUUUAUGAAUGCAUGCAAAGAUUAUGAAUCCUUCGCUAGAGAGCGACGUUCUACUGUCUCUGUAACUAAUAGCUGUCUAUAAACUGCCUUAUUUACCAGAAACAGACUGAUAUUAAUAUGAAAGGCUAUUUAUUUAAAAAGAACACAAAUAAAUAAAGGUUGCUGUUCCCAUAGGAACAAAUAUAUGGGUCUGCUGAGGACAAAGCUGAAGUUCAUGGACAUUAGCAUAGACUCCCUAAAUAAAACUGUUCAUUAUAUAAGAUUAAACAAAGCUUUAGGUUUUGUGGUUUUGUAUUUUUGUGUGACAGAGCUUUGGUGUCAGUUUCCUCUUUAAUUUUGAUGUCAGAGUUUGAGGAGUUUUAUGAUCAUGAAGAUGAAAAACAGGCUUCGGGCUGCAUGGCUCAUUUCAGGACAUGAUGCAGAAGAAGGAGAGCAUAUAAUGAUCAAAAGUUUAAAUUCUGGAUGUACCUGAUGAGAGAGAAUGAUGUGUUUUGACACAAGGUGCAGCUUUAGCUCAUUUCCAGAAAAAAGUACUACUGAAGGAGUUUUAUGAUGUGAAGGUCAUUAUUUCAUCAAAUAUCCCAAUAACGCACAUCUCACUGCAGUGGUAUAUAUGAAUAAUGGCAUCCAGGAAAUCUGUAAACUUUGCCCUCCCAUCACUCUUUCUUAUGAUGAAGGUCAGCUGUGUUGGUUUAGAAGGUUUUUUGAUAAGAAAACACAGCAAUAAGAGACCGUAGACCUGAGUCAUACAGGAAUAAUGAGGCAUAUUCCCUGAAUGUUUUGCCCGCAGGCUCUCAAACAGCAUUUGAGAGUGUGGGGUAAAGCUGUGCUGGGCUGUUUGGUCGAGAUAGAUGGUCUGUAUAUUCACAGUCUGUAUAUAAACAGAAAAAGCUCCCUCUCACUGGAUGAGGUCACACCCCAUAAAAUAGAUCUUUAGAGACUCAUUAUCAUUCACAAUCACCAGUAAAUCUAAACACAAAUGCAUUCGUUUGCCAGUAUACUGUCGUGUGUUUGGUUGGUGCGAUGUGUGUGAUGUUUAUCAGAGUAUGGCCGUCAUGAGAUGGACUAGAAGAUCAAACAGAUACAUCUGUGUGAUGUAGAUGAGGUACAGUCUUUUCAUUCACAUCUAUUGCAUUUAUUCUAAGCUAAUGGCAUUUCCUAUCCUCUACUGAAAAACAAUUGUUUAAGGAUUUACUAUGAAACAACUAAAUUUAUAGAUUGCUAAUUAAGAGCAUUAGCUCUAAUAAUACUUCAUUUUUUAUACAAAGCACUUAAAAUGAUAGUUCACCUAGAAUGACAAUUCUGUCACACACUUGACCUUAUUGACUUUUGUUGAACAGAGAGUUUUUCAAAAUAUCUUCAUGUAUGUUCCAAAGAAUAAUGUCAAACAGGUUUGAAAUGACAUGAGGGGGCAAAUAAUGACAAAUUUAUCUAAUAUUUACAUAUUUAUUAUUUUUUUCUUUUAAUAAAGUUCUCAGUUAUUUUCAUCUUCAAGUUUUAACGUUGUCUGAGAUGUUCAUAAUUCCUUAGGAGAAAGACAAAUAAACAAAAAUGAGAUAAAUACUGACAUACUGCAAGACUACUGAGCUGUACAAUUAAUAUGGAUAACAUAGCUCUCAUUAUUUGGUCUUGAAGAAUUUAAUAUUUGAGCUCAUAUCUAAAUUUCUAAUUAUUAUUUGCAGACUUUGCACAGAAACUGAAAAAUCUCCCAAGAAGAACAAUUAUGAAAAAAAUCGCAAUUUGAACUUUAUUGCUGUCUAGGAAUACAAGGAUGAUAUUUCCUAUAUUUCAUUGACAUCUUACUUUCUUAUGUUAACUAUUUUGUAGUUCUUGUUCUAUAAUUAUAUGUCUGGGGUACCAUGUUUUUUUUUUUUUUUUAGUAGAUUAGGGCAGUUCCAAAGCAAAUUAUCUGUGGAAGGUGAAACUUGUUUGCAUGGGUCAAAUUUAGACAUCUGAAUCUAUCUAUAAGCAUUAUAUAACCUUCAGAUGACACAUUAUAUUUGUUU